AUGCCUGAAGCAAGCCUCAAACAGCUCCUCGAUGCCUUGAGAAACGAUGAUAUUGUCAGUGAGUUGCAAGAAGAGGAGAUACUGCAGAAGAGCCCACUUAGAGCCGACAAAGCACGUGCGUUCGUGGACUAUGUGAAGAAUCAAGGAGAAGCGGCCUGUAAGAAGAUGAUAGAACAUUUUAAAGCCUUAGAUCCAGUCCUUUCCUCUGAGCUGGGCUUUUCCUCUGCUCAUCCUGCUCUGAAAGACAAGGAGCCCCAAAGCUUAGCUAGCAAAGGUUAUGAGCCUAACUGCACCUCCUUUGACCACAGUGGUUAA